ACAUUAAGUAGGCCUAGACUAUUAAGAUACAACUGGCUCUUUAAGGUACGACUAGUCCUUUAAUGUUAUGUCCUGACUGUGUUGUAGUGCGCUAAUUACCUACGUCCGUUGUGAAUGCAAAUGUGUAGGCCCUAAGCAUGUCAAAUCGUACCAGCAGACGACGCCGCGACUUCGACGAAGUAGGGCACCCAGAUAACGGAAAUGUCUAUCAUCCGGUGGUCAUGCUGCUUUUACCCAACAUUAUUCUUCGCCCUGGAUUCUGACAGUUGGUGUAGGUCUAGUAACGUGUUCUUUGCGUUUGCAGAGAUUGACAGCAGACUAAAAACUGAUCAACUCGUUGCUGUAUCGGGGCGUCCAGUUGAUAUAAAUAGCAUAAUAAGAUAACCGUGGGUCCUUGAACAUAGCCUGUUCACCGACCCAAUUUGAAAGAUCGGGUUUGUUUCAUUAUAAAAGCGGGUACUCGGUAUGCUGAGGUCUUUCUGUGCCUUGUCGCGGAGCGUGGCAGGACGAAGCGGCUGUAGAGGGAAUUCCAAGCCAAAGUCUAAGGAUCAGCUUUGUUGGCCAAGUGCUGGCCACGCCGGUUUCACGGACCCGUCCAAGAUGUCACAACAACGGUGUUCGAGUGGUGACCAUGACUACGAGAAUGCUGUCAAGCAGUUGUACCGCCUUCAAUCCAACGCUGAAGCCAUCAUGAAAGCCAGACAACAGAAAGACAAGACUCUCAAUAUCCCAAAUAUGGUGAAGUACCUCCAACGCUCUGGGCUUUCAAGAGGCCGACCUGCCGUCACGGUGGAGCACAAGCCGGAGGCCAUGAGCGUGGUGCUGGACAGAGCCAAAGAGAUACAGAGCCCUGUGUGCGUCUCGACCCCACUGUCCCGCGCCACCCUGGCCAGGUACAACAUCCAGCUGGGCAUCGCGGGAGAGAAACAGGUGGAGAAUGCCUCUUUGGCCGUGCAGCUGUUCCGUGCGUGGGAGAAGGAGAGGAGCAGAGACACGAUCUCAGAUGAUUGGUCGAACCCAAACGACAUUCAGUCCCCUGAUGAGAUUCCUCGUCUGGAGUCGGCAGAGCUUGAUGAACCCACGGUGAAAGGUAUCGGUGAAGGUCUGUGCUCCUGUGUGUGGCCGGGCCGCGCUCAGACAAUCAGACGACCGGCCUUGACCUACUAUCUGGACGGGGCUCACACUCUGGAGAGCAUAGAGGUUUGUUCCUCGUGGUUCAAGAAGGAGGCGGACCGGGAAGUUUCAUCUGUGAA